GUGAUGAUGAUAUAGUUUGUUUAGGUCCGUUUGAUUAGACUAGAUCUGGAUUCAGAUUUGUGUGUUUAUUCACACAUGUCUUUGUCUAAUCUUUGGAUGUAUGACAUUUUAUGUUGAGUCUUAUAUAUUGAAAUAAAUAUUAGGUAGUUAUGUACUUAUUUUUUUCUCUAUAUGUAUAUUUAACCUUUUCCAAAUCGAUGAUUGUUGUUCAAUUUUUUGACAGUAUUCAUUAGCAUUACUGCACAAAUACAAUGGACUAAUAUUAAAAUGUCUUUUCACUCGACUCAAUAUAUCCGAAGAAUAAAAGAGUAUUCGAAGAAUAUAUUUGAACAUUAUAUUAUGAAAUAUAGUUAAUCGCGGCAUAAUGUAAGGUUGAAUAUUAUAACAUCAAACAAUUUUAACCAUAGUAAUUGAUAUACAUAAAAUAAUAAUUUCUAAAAUGAAAUUUAAAAUAUAUAGAUAAAAUGGUUGUAAAAUAAUUAUGAACAUGGUAUUUAAAAAAAAAAUUAAAGAUUUUAAAUAAAUUUGUAUUAUUAUUUUGUUUAUUCGCCUGUCCUGCCCGCCCGUAGGACGGGUUUACCCUAGUUAUUAUAUAUUUUGGAGUAGUUGCUUGGUAUUUUAUUAUAACGUAAAAAAUAAAACGAAGAUACAUUUUUUACUCAAAAUGUAUUUUAUAGUAAAAAAUGAAAUAUAAUUAGAAAUGCUCGAUAAAAAACGAUUUCUCAAUUAUGUUUUCUCCCAUGUAGUUCCAUUAAGCUCAAGUGAGUUACUUUAGAUCCGAACCUUUUUAUAAUACUAGUGAUUUUGAUGGAAAUUUUUAUUACCACCAUUUAAAACUAAACGUGUUAGACCAGAUACAGCUCGUUCCGGCAAUGAUUUAUUUUAAAUGAUAAGUUCAAUUUUGUAAUACUCUGAAAACAUUUAGCUAUUCAACACUAAAUUUAUUUCAAUCCCCAAAAUCGCAGCAUGACAUGCAGUGCCGUGCGGAGGUUUAGUGGGGCCUGAGGCGAAUAUAAAAAUAAGUCUCAUUUAUAAAUUUUUUUAUUAGAGCAUAAUAUAUAUUUGAAAAAACACUAAAAAGAAAAAUAAUACUUUAAGAAACUAAGACAAAUUUUUCUUCUCUCUUUUCCAAUAAACUUUUUAACUAAAUUCUAAUAAUUUAAAUUCCUAACUAAUUCUCUUUCUAUAAAUAUAAUUACUAAACCAUUAUCCUUAUGGUUGAUCGCAUAUAAAACUUUACGAGUUUCCACUUGGAAAUUUUUUUCAGUAGUGACUAAAACUGAAAUCGUCAAUAAUAUUUGAUAAGAAAUUCAUGAGUCUGGAUAACAUUCUUCCCUUUCUUUCAAAAAAUUUAGAACCUCAAGAGAUCUCUUGUAAUCUAAUGGCAACAUCUCUUUUAGAACUAUCAGUUCAAACACAAAUCAUCCCCAAUAACAUCAGAAUGAUUUAUAUGCCUUAAAGCUGAUUGAAUAUUGGUACAAGAUGCCAUCAAACUAUCUUCACUUGCUGAUUUCAGUUUAUCAAAUAAAUGGCAAACUUAAACCACUCUACUAUUAAUUAUUUUUCUGAAAUUUGAGGUUCUGGAAAAACCAUAUAUUUUGGAGACUCUAUACGAAAGCCUUUUUGAAUAUACUUAAAGCACGACUCUGAUGACACGGUACUGCUAUGAUAAUGUGACUAAUGUCAGUAGAACAACUUAAGAUCGCAAAAUGCUAUGUCUAGCAAGUCAACGGUUCAUUAUUACCUCUACAACUGGACACGAGAGUUCAAUUGGAGCUUCUUUUACUCAAACACACGUUUUUUCGCGACAAUGUCGUGAAGUAAUUAAUUGUCUCUUAUCUUGACAACAAGUUGAGUUAAUUCAAACGCAGCCACUUGCUCCAGUUUCUGUACUCUAUUAAUUACAAUUUACAUCUUUUAAGGAACAUAUUCUCUUAUCAAGAGACACCACUAACUUCUCACAAGCCUUUUUUUUCUUUCUUAUCAACUCUCACACGCCUUUUAUCCAUCGUUUUUCUUCCUUUGUUAUUUUAAUAAUGUGGUUCGAGUUUGGUGGAAGUUGCAUUGAGAGUGCAUUAUUUAACUUCUCUAUUGUCGCAAUUUUUUUAUAAAAAAAGUCCCCACGUUCUUUUCAUUAUUAACAGUAUGGAAUUUAUGUAUAUAGUUUACAGUAACAUGUAAGGUUGGUGAAAAAAUUUAAUGAGUGUUAUAUAUUUUUUCGAACUUAGCUUAAGAAACUCGUGGAGUCGUGUCCGAAAAGAAAAUGAACAAUGUCAGUGCCUAAAGGAGUUCUACACUUCUACAAGGGUACAAAUGGUGCCACCGUUUUAGGACCCAAUUCCAUGUUUGAUAGUUAAAAUAUCCAAUUUAUACACAUAUAUGUGAGAAAUAUCUUUAAAUAAGAUAAGAGAAACGCGUCUUCUCUCUCCUAAAACUUUUUCUCCUCCUUCUCUCUACUCGACAAGUCUUCAGCGCAACGUUUCUCCGGUGGUCGCCGCCGUGUCCUUAGCGCAGCUGCCGGAGCCCCCUCCCCGUGUUGUCUGUUUCUUCUCCGUCUCUCCCUCUGUGUUCUCUGCGGCGAGUAUAACUCCUCCUUGGUUUAGAUCUGGAUUCAGAUCCGUCUGCUCUGGAGUCUCCUUAGUCGGAAGCUAGGAGGUGGCGCCGCUUGAGGACGUCGGCUGCUCCUUCUCGUUACCGGCGAAGGUCUCGUCUAGGGUUUUCUACCCAUCAGUUUUCCUCUGCUAAGGUUGAGUUUUUGUGCGAGUGGAGGUGAGUGUGGCGUCGUUGAGGCCUUUCCGGUGCCUGUGUUCCUUUCCGGCGUGACAGUGUGGCGGCGGUGGUACGCAAAGCUUCGGUAUCGGUUCGGAUCUGAGAUCUCGCGAGUCUAGGGUCCGUCCCCUUUAUCUCCACCGGUGGUCUGUGGUGGAGGCGCGUGGGGUUCUUCGGAGGUCGCGUUCAACUCGAUCUUCCGGUUUCUCCAGUGGCAGCGCGUGGUACUAGCGACGGCGCGUGGUGAUGGCGCGUGACGGUCCGGCAGCAUGUGGUGGCGGCGCGUGUGGUCGGUUGUUCUUCAUUGGCUCCGUUUUUUAGCGGCAUUCCGGUGUUUCCGGUUGUAUACCUCGUCUCUUCCUUGGGGCUCUCGGCGGUGAGGCCAUUCAUCUUCCUCGUUCUGCCCAUUAAGGGUGACAUUGUCUUGUUUUUUUCCUAUGGUCGAUGCGGCCAUUCUCUUGUUUCUGUGCGGCAGUUCGGCACUCGGGUUUGCUGCUUCUCUUGUAGGUUCACUUCCGGAGGGUUAGCUUUUGUACGGUCCGCUCUCUCUAUAUGAGAUUUUGGUUCAAAGGGUGUAUACGGUCACAAAGGGUCGGGUUUGGAGACGGCAAUCUUCAGGUCUGCCGUUUGAACGACGGCAUCGUCGCGUGAAGGCUCUCUCUCGUGCCGUCGGUGGUGCGUCUGUCUGGUUUGGUAGUAAGUCUGUGCUAUGAUUCUUCGAGUUGGUUGUGUUGGGAUGGUGGUAGGAAGCUGCAGGAGCCGUAGCUUCUAGGUUUGAGGGCGUCUAUCUCUCAGUAGCUCGUGGUAACCGGCUAUUUAUCUCCGACCUUCUGGUUCCGCUUGGUCUUAGCGCGUCUCGCUGUUUAGCUAGUUAUUAGGUUGGUCGCUCUUCUUCGGUUUCAAUUCAUUGUUGCUUUUGUCCGUCUGUUUAGUUUCAUUAUGCAAUUCCGCUACUAGUUGUCUCUGUAAACUCUGUCAAAAUUCAAAAAUGGUAUAAUAUUUAACAUUUUACCAAAAAAAAAAAAUAUCUUUAAAUAAUACUAAAAUAAAUUUUUGUUUCAAAAAUAGAACUCAGUAAAAAAUAAAAAUAGAAAUAUUCUCAUUUUUAUAUAUGAUUAAUUAAAUAUAUUAAAUAAAAAAAUUAAAACAUGUAAAAUAAAUUAUAUAAUAGAGAUAUAUUUAAAAUUUGAGUUUAAACUUUAGUGAUUAAUAUUUAGGGCUUAGUAUUUAGAAAUAUGAAUUAUUAUAUGAGUUUAGAGUUUCAUAUUUGAAUGAAUCAGUUUAUGAUAUGUUUCAUUUAUAUCAAUAUACUGGAUAUAUCCAUGAAUUUAAUAAAUCCAAAAUCUAUUAUGUUAUCCAAUAGAAACAUAAUAGUAUCUCAAAUUCUUAGCUUUUGUAGUCAUACGCCAUUAAUAUUAAACCGGCCAACUUCUUCUGACUCGUGGUAUUCUUUUUUAAAAAAAUUCUGAUAAAAAGGUGGAUAUAUUUAAUCAUAUACAAUUUGUAAUUGGUCAUUUCCCAAAGCACCUUGCUUUUGUAAGCUCUGAAUCAAACCAACAGUGUUAUUUGGUUCUGUGCCAUCCUCAAUAAAUUGACCCAAAAGAAAAAAACCUUAUAUAAACCUUGCUUCUUUAACUUCCAUCUAUCUUUCUAUUUCAUACUCACCUCCCUUAUUCAAACUUUUUUCAUAGAAAUAAUAAUAGUAUUCCGUCUUUGGUUCUUCACACAAAGGGUCCCUUUUUUCUAGCUGUUAUUUUCACGGGGAAAGUCAAUUUAAAACCGAAAACAGAUCAGCAAUGCCGUUGCUUGUUUAUCUUUCGCAAGUUAUAGCAUUGUCGAUCUUGUUCAUCCCUGAGGUGUGUCUCGCCGGUAAAAACAUUCCGGCAAGUUUUGUGUUCGGAGAUUCAUUAGUGGAUGCCGGAAACAACAACUAUCUAACCACAUUAUCAAAGGCUAACUAUGAUCCUAAUGGGAUUGAUUUUGGAUCGGCUACAGGAAGAUUCACCAACGGAAGAACCAUCGUCGAUAUCGUAAUUCAGGCAUUAGGUUCCGAUGAACUAACUCCACCGAACUUAGCACCCACGACAAGAGGAUCCCUCGUUCUCAAAGGCGUAAAUUAUGCUUCCGGCGGAAGUGGAAUUCUUAACUCCACCGGAAAAUUAUUUGGAGACCGGAUAAAUGUGGAUGCACAACUAGACAACUUUGCAACCACGAGACAAGACAUCAUUUCUUGGAUCGGUGAAUCCGCGGCAGCUAAAUUAUUCCGGUCAGCAAUUUUCUCGGUUACAACCGGUUCUAACGAUCUAAUCAACAAUUAUUUCACUCCGGUCGUAUCAACUCUUGAACGGAAAGUCGUGCCUCCAGAAGACUUUGUUGAUACAAUGAUCUCAAGAUUCAGAUUACAACUCACCAGAUUGUACCAAUUGGGCGCAAGGAAAAUCGUGGUGAUUAAUGUAGGUCCGGUUGGUUGUAUACCGUUUUCGAGAGAGUCUGAUCCAACGGCAGGAAAUGAAUGCUCGGUGGAACCGAAUGAAGUGGCACAAAUGUAUAAUCUCCAGCUUAAGACAGUCGUGGAUGAUUUAAACGCUAAUCUACAAGGUUCAAGAUUUGUCUACGCAGAUGUUUUUCGCAUUGUUUAUGAUAUCAUCCAAAACUAUGGAUCUUACGGUUUUGAGAGUGAGAAGGUUCCGUGUUGUUCGUUAGCUGGGAAGGUAGGUGGGCUGAUUCCAUGUGGACCAUCUUCCAAAGUAUGUGUGGAUCGUUCCAAAUACGUAUUUUGGGAUCCUUACCAUCCUACAGAAGCUGCUAACAUCAUCAUUGCCCGGCGUCUCCUCUCCGGCGAUACCUCUGAUAUUUUCCCGAUUAAUAUCCGGCAACUCGCUAACCUUAAGCUAAACACAUAAAUCUUGAAGAUAAAAGCCCAUGUAGAUGGGGUUGGCCCGGGUAGCUAUUGGGGUUUGCAUUUUGAUCUAGUUAAUUCUUUGUUUGUUUUAAUAUUUUGUCUAAUCUCUCAAAGAAAUUAGAAACGAUUAAUGUAGUUGGCUUUCCAUUGUUUCAAUAAAUCUUCUCAGCAUCUAAGAGCAUCUUUAACGGUUAUAUACCGUAAUAGGUUUUUAAGAAUAAAAUUAUUACUAUUUUAUUUGCAUGUCCAUGUUCAAUUUUUCUUUCUGAAAAUUAACACUUUAAUUUGCUGAUAGCUGUAGAAUCCCUUCUUCAUAAUAUCUAGGUUGCAACUGGAUGUGUGUUUUUUGGAAUAGAAAUCUUUGGAAUGGCUAAUUCCUAUAGAUUCCAAAUUUUUUUUACCAUUUACAUGGAAUAGAAAAUAGAUCACAUUCUAAAGAAGCAUAAAAAAAGAUUUAUCUUUACUCUCUCUCCUAUCUUCUGAUUAAUUUUAUUUUUCAAAAGAUGAAAAUUUAGGGAAGAACCCUACGUUAAAAAUGUUCUAAAACAUGUCUAAUGGAGAAAUCUCUUAAAAUAAUUCAAAAAAUGAAAAUAUUUAAAAAUUAAA